AUGCCCCCCAAAAAGGUGGCGGUAUUGCUCGAUAAGGUUAUUCCAUCUUCGUCGGACGCGCCGAAUGGCGUUCAGGAGACACUGACAGAGAACAAGCCAGAUGCUGACGGUUCUGCGGAGCCGCGUAAGGCUCCGGCUCAUCCUCCGACUAUGGUGAUGGUGAAGGAGGCGGUGGCUGAGUUGGGCUUGCGGAAGGGUGUCUCCUCACAAGCUAUAAAAAACUACAUCAAGCAGAAAUAUGCCUCUGUGGAUGUGGCGAGGCUUAAUUACAUGGUCCGCAAUUCCCUGUUAAAGGGGCUCGAUAGUGGGGUGCUGGUGAGGCCUCCCAGCGCCAUGGUCACCGGCGGUACGCGGGGAAGAUUUCUGCUUGCACCCAAAGAAAAGGAACCAAAGCAGAAAAGGGAGAAUACGGAUCCUAAUGUGAAGAAAGCAAAGGCUGGUCCCAAGAAGGCUAAAGAAACUCCAGCUGGUGCAGGUGCUGUGAAGAAAAAGGCCACUGUGAAAAAACAAGAGGCUGCUGAGACAUCGAAGCGUGCCAAAAAGGCAACGACUGCCAAAGGGACUUCUGCCUCGCAGGCGCCCCGAGUGGGAAAGGCCGCUGAUGACAAUGAGGCCAAAACAAAAGCCCAGCCGGCCAAAGCUUCGCUCAAGGUCUCCAAGAAUAAGGUUGAAAAGUCUGAUCCAGCUCCAAAAGCUGUAAAACGAGGGAAGACUCUUACCGAAUAGUGUCACAAUUGUAAA